AUGUACUCGCUGUUCUCUCCAAUGGCAGCUACCAGCGGGCUACCUUUGUUCGUGUGGAUGAUCGUUUUUUUCCCGCCAAAGGCGGAGUUCCAAGCCAUUUUGGGGCAUCGCGGCCCCUGUGCCCAUGGCACCCCUUUGUUGCACGCGGAGAGCGGCCCAGAGAGUUGGUUGCUGUCAGCUGCAGAGAUGUACGACGACUGCCACUGCAAUGUGGCUCCGGCUGAUUUCAUUGGUUUCGCCCCUGCAUCAUGGCAUGACAUCCUACAAAACCUUCGAACCCAAGUGGCCGCGCCCCCUCCCACAGCCCUGGAGACAAACCAGCCCAGUGUUGCGGGAGGUGGCUGCAUUAUCGCCUAG